GCGACCCCGUCCAUAUCUGCUCAUUUAUCCCCACAAAGUCGAGAGGAAGAACCCUAGGUACACCUCAUGGAGAAUGCCAACCAAGGUGUGGAUCCGCACGUGCUUGAUAUAGUCAAUUGCCCGGAUUGUGGAAGGCGGGUGGUGACGUUUAUGGCGAGGCGCGGCCAUUUUGCGGGCAAGAGGUUCUACAAGUGCCGCAACCACAACCUGGGGAGAGGCGGGUGUGAUUUCUAUUGGUGGCAACAAGCAUAUGCGGAGCACUUGGCUGGGCUUGGACCGGUCGUGCCUCCAUUGGCGCAGAUCAAUCAGGGAGAAAAUGGCAUCGGAGGAGCAGAUCAAGGUGGUCAGAUGCAGCCAGCGGAUCUAGCGGGAGGCCAGCAGAUCGGAGGGCUGGAUGCCUCCAACAUGGCAUCCACGGCGGCCGAUGUUGCAAGGUCUUCGAUCCGCGUGGUGGCUGUUGGUCGGCGUCAGGAAGCCAUAACUCUUGAUCCCGCAUUUAUCAAUAUGGUCAUGUCUGUCGGCAAUAUGGCUAUUUGCAUUGCCAUCCUUUACUGGUUGUGGCUGCAAUCGUGAUCGAUGCGCUUGAUGAGUCGAUCCAAUAUUAGCAGCUUAUGGAUGCUUAGUAGGUGUCAAGGGUUAAGUAGUAUUAGUGGUGUGCGCGUGUUAGCCAUAUGCUUUUGGCUUGGUAACCUUGUUGCUUGUACGUUUGGACCUAUGGCUAGUUUUAUUUAAUGAAAUGUUGGUAAUGUAGACGUAAUGAUGGACAACAUCUGUAGUAUGUUUCCUUCUUUAAAAAAUUCAGCAAUGAAUGCUUUUAUUGCAUGCAGUCCACGUGGAUGGGGGGCACCUACCCAUGUGCCUACAACAACUAGCGUUUUGAGCCAUGAAGUAACACGUACCACAGAGUCGGGGAGUUUCAGACGGUGAUGUUACUCACCAACCACCCGGCUCGCAGCUGUUUUCAUUUCCCCAGCCCCAUUCACAUUCCCAUCGACUUGCCAUAAUGAAUGCUCUAUGCCAGGUGUAAAGCUUGAAGGUUGCUUUCUCUCAACCAGGGGGUGUGCUGGUGGGGGUUCUCGAAUUGCAAUGUUGGUCUAGAUCUGGCUGAGUAGCUCGAUCCAGACGAACUCAUCUGCGUGAAUCGGCCUCUUGUUCUAAAGUCUUGGUUCACGGGCGUCUACGCGAGAUCGUCAGGUUAAUAGAUGGAGGAAGAGGAUGAAAACCAUGGGUGGGGAGGCGGAAGUCAUGAGCAAAUAGAAUUUACUUGUGGUGUUGCUAAAAUUCAAGGAGAUGUUUUGGAUGAUCAGAUAGGGCUGACUUUGUGGCUAUCUGUCAAGCAUGUAGUCAAGGUCGUCACAAGAUUUGAUGAGUACAAGAGAUGGCUUGUGUCUGAGAUUGGUUUUGACGGUAUGCUCAAACUUCCAAUGCUGGGGAAGAUGGAUUUAAGGAUGAGUGCGUGGAUUAUGCGGAAGGUGAAGGUUAAGCUGCGCACAAUAGUUGUUGAUGAAGAUAGGGUGAUUCCUUUUGUCCCAGAGGAUUUUCACAAAGUUUUUGGGGUGCCAUGCGGCAACCGUGCUGUUCGUGGAAGGGACCGCGAAAUCAAGACUGCAGCAGUAGAGUUCAUUAAGCUGACAAUUGGGAUGAAUGCAUCACCUGCUCACAAUUUGAAGGCGGCAAAAGAUUUUCUCAGUAGGGAUAUAACAGAGGACUCAAGCAAGAUUGAGAAGGAUUGUUUCCAGAUUUCUUUUGUUAUCUUUGUGAUGGGUUACGUAUUGUCAUCGAGCACAAAAUACGAGCACAUGACGAUUGACUUUUGGGGCGCUCUUGCCAAUACUGAAUUAAUAUCUCAAUUUAAUUUGUGCGAGUAUGCCAUUGAUAAUCUCAUGGCAGCCGUGAUCAAGUUGCAGAUGGAAUAUCAUAACAAGGCACAAGUAGUUCAUCUUUCCGGAUGUCAUUUGUUCUUUCAGAUUUUCUUGUUGGACAACAUUGAUCUUGGGAUUUUCAACAUGAUACAUUCUGUAUUCCCGCGAAUCCAGUGUUUUGACUAUAAAACGCUUCGUCAGAUGAUUACGAUGGCGCGGUGCGAGCAGCGAGGGAGUAUAACCUAUGUCCCUGGUGUUCUGCGGCCAGCAGAUUCUGUGUGCUAUGUCUGGGUCUUUGCGGCUAGCCCAUUGUGUAUGGAAGGUAAAUCAUGUCCAUCUUCACCGAAGCAACCAUCUUCAAGGAUGUCUGUGACACCUAAAUAUCAGACAUCAAAGGUUCGUUUAGAUGGGAAGACAGGGCCAUUCAACUAUCUUGGGGACCCUAUGGCUGCGCAUAAGUUAGUGGGUCCAAGUGAUUUUAGCAAGUAUGUUCGUCAGAUUUGCAAAGAUGAUCCGGCCCUGCGGGAGUUGAGCCUCAUGUUGAAGCAGCACAAUGCCAAGUGCAUGUUGAGCACGACAUUGUUAAGGAACCAGUUGCAGUCUGACAUGUUCUUUUUUGCGGAAAAAAUGGUUGAACUUGUGAAGGACCGAUGUAGAUGUUAUUCAAAUCGAGGAUUGUCGAAGUGUAUUAGUCUCCAGAACGCUGAUGCGGCUGGUAAUCACCGCAGGACAGUUUUUGAAGUUGGCCGUCGUCUUGAUAUGGGUUGUGAUGAAGUCCCCAGAAAUUCAAAUGUUGAGGAAGGCCAGCAAAGAAUGAAAAGGAUUUGUGUUGAACAGAACAAAAACAAAGAAUUAGCAGAGGGCGAGGCGCGGAAUGAAGAUGAUGCCCCUGUGUACAACAAUCCCGUGGUGGAGAGAGAACCAGAUGAUACGACGAAGAUGUUUGAAGACAGAAUUGUAGUCUAUGCAUAGACUAUCGCUGAAAUGGUUAAAUCUCUAUAUGAUACAAAUGCAGAGGAGGCAAAUUGUGUUCACUUUCAUUCAAUGGAGGCUAAGUUACCUAGGCUUAGCAUUUGGUUCCUGCACGCAUCGCCAAGGUUGUUGAGGGUAAAUGAUGUAUGUGUUCAGCAGUAGAUUGUUGGAUCGCAUGCUCUUGAUCAUGAGGUUACUACUCUUCUUCUGCGGAGGUUUCAUCAGCUUGACAUUGGGCUUGGGGGAGUAAAUACAUAUAUGAUGUGGAAGGAAGUUCUUGAACCAGAUUUUUCGACGCACGCUCUUGCUGGGGAGAAAGUAUUGCACGUGAAAGCUGUCCAGGGUGUACUUGCGCAAGCGAUUCAUGAUAUAACAACAUGUAGGAUGUUUUUUGUCCCUACCGUGCUCGAUCAAGGGUGGGCGGCGUAUAUGUGGGACAUGAUGAGGAAGGAGAUUCAUGUCCUCGACCCUUUAUGUCGCAAAGUUAUAGGUGCAGAACAACGUAAGCUCAUGCAUGAGGAGGCAGUUUCACAAAUACAUGCUGCAUUAUUCGGCUGCUUGAAUGAAUACUUUGCAAAGUGGCAUUGCACAUCUGAAAGUUGGAAGCGCAAGUUCCCAAAGAUUACAAAUGACAUUUUCACAAGGGAUGAGUCUGGAAUAUGCAUGAUGCAUGCAAUUAGGAAUUACAGUGGGGAGAAGAUGAUGUGUCCACUGACGAAGAAUAAUAUUGCAAGUUUUAGGAAAGUGGUUGCAUAUGAGGUUUUCCGGUUACGGGAUGAUCAAGGUGAAUUCAUGGCUGACGAUGUUCUGCGUGCUACAUUUGAUGAACCCGAGGAAUGAUUUGCAUGAAACAGGUUUAUGUGCUUCGGGUGUUGGGUUUUAUCACCUAGGAGUAAGUAAAUAAUGUGGUAAGACGAGUGCACUGAGAUGAAGGAAAUGCUGAAAAUCAUGUACUGUAUAUGUAUGCGAUGUAUGAUGGACUAUGUUUCAAGUAAUAAUGUUGUACUUUUUAUUUAAAUGUUUACGGAUGUGAACAAA